CAUAAGAAGCGUGUGCCUGUCACAGAAAUAGAGUUUACUUUUUCCAAGUUGUUGUGGAGAGGCAGGGUAUAAAUACAGCUAACUCUGGCUUGGACUAAGAGCCUUUUGCUUAAAAUCAGGGGGCGACUUCCCAAGACUUUGACUCCAACAAGGUCCCGGUCAGAUUGCACCAUCGAGCAAGGUAGAAAGGACACAGAGAAAACAGGUGUCGUCGUUUCUUUUGUUUUAGCUCUUUUUUCAAGUCAAGCACAGACACUCCCAGACCCAAGCCUAUUGCCAGUAUUUUCUCCGGAGCUAUCCCAAGAUGUCCUUUUUCAAACUCUUCAUGCGAUGGAUAUGGAUAUGGAUGUUGUCCUGGGAAAGCCUUCUCUUGUGGUUUCUGGAGCUCCCUCUCAAAAGUACAGCUCUGCCUCCAAUCCGGUACUCUCAUGCUGGGAUAUGUCCAAAUGAUAUGAACCCCAAUCUCUGGGUUGAUGCACAGAGCACCUGUGGGAGAGAGUGUGACGCUGACCUGGAAUGUGAGACUUUUGAGAAGUGUUGUCCUAAUGUCUGUGGAACACGAAGUUGUGUUGCAGCCCGGUACAUGGAUGUUAGAGGGAAGAAAGGACCGGUUGGGAUGCCCAGAGAAGCCACGUGUGACCGAUUCAUGUGCAUCCAGCAAGGUUCAGAGUGUGAUAUCUGGGAUGGGCAGCCUGUCUGCAAAUGCAAGGACAGGUGUGAAAAGGAGCCAAGUUUUACAUGUGCAUCUGAUGGGCUCACCUAUUACAACAAGUGUUACAUGGAUGCAGAAGCAUGCACCAAAGGCAUCACCCUUAAUAUAGUGACUUGUCGCUAUCAUCUCACCUGGCCAAACACCAGCCCUGUCCCAGCAGAGACUACAGCUCAACCCACAACUGCUUACUUGGAGACGACCAUCACAGACAUCCUUCCACCUGUUUUGAUCAACAACCCAGCCCAUCAGUCUGUCUAUGUAGGAGAAACUGUUAGCUUCCUUUGCGAUGUCACCGGGCGACCUAAACCAGAAAUCACUUGGGAGAAGGAGACUGAGAAUAAAGAGAAAAUAAUUAUGAGGCCUAACCAUGUCCAAGGAAAUAUUGUUGUCACCAAUAUUGCCCAGCUGGUAAUCUAUAACACACAACUACAAGAUGCAGGCAUUUAUACCUGCACAGCUAAAAACCUUGGUGGCACUUUAAGGGUUGAUUUUCCAUUGUCAGUCCUCCAAGGAGAAGCUACUUCUCCAGAAACAGCACAGAAUAAAACCCACUUUCCAACCAAUGAGUGCCUGAAGCAACCGGAUAGCGAAGACUGCGGAGAAGAGCAAACCAGAUGGUAUUACGAUGCGAAGAAAAACAACUGUUUUACUUUCAUUUACGGGAACUGUAAUAGCAACCUCAAUCAUUUUGAGACCUAUGAGAACUGUAUGUUGACAUGCAUGAAUGGCCCCAUCAACAUCUGCAACUUGCCAGCCCUGCAAGGUCACUGCAAAGCCUACGAGCCCCGGUGGGCAUACAACAGUUUGACGAAACAAUGCCAAUCUUUCAUUUAUGGAGGCUGCGGAGGCAACGAGAAUAAUUUUGAAAGCCGAGAGGCCUGUGAAGAAACAUGUCCUUUCCCUCGGGACGGGCUCUGCAAGGUUUGCAAGGCUUGCAAACCCCGGCAAAAGCUGGUGACCAGCUUCUGCAAAAGUGAUUUUGUUAUUCUUGGCCGUGUCACAGAACUGACAGAGGACCAAGAUUCUGGACAUGCCCUGGUGACAGUGGAGGAGAUUCUAAAGGAUGAGAAAAUGGGACUGCAAUUCCUGGGGAGGGAGCCUUUAGAAAUUACCUUGUUAAACAUGAACUGGAGCUGCCCAUGCCCUAACGUAACGGCAGCGGAGGGCCAGCUCAUCAUCAUGGGCGAGGUCUACAACGGAAUGGCUGUUUUACAGCCGGAUAGCUUUGUUGGGGCCUCAAGCGUCCGACGCGUUCGAAAACUCCGUGAGGUCAUCCACAAGAAAACCUGUGAGCUAUUAAAAGAGUUCUUGGGACUGCACUAAGUAGCUUGCUGGCUUUCGAGAUGUGUGCAUUAUAUAGUGCUAACAAUUGAUUGAUUUACCCUGAAAAUCCCUUUUGUAACUCCUGUUUGCUGAUAUAUGUUAUGCAUUACAUACGAAUGAAUGAAUGGUAUGUAGCAGGGAGGUGGUUGCCAUUUUGACAAGUGUUUUAAAAUAGCAGCAAACAGCAACUAGUCUUUAGAUUUCAAUCUAUCUAUUGCUCUAGAAAUGCCAUCUGGCGAUUAUCACUUACUAACAAUGCAGUUUUCAUCAUAUAAAAAUCAAUUUCACAGUGUUUGUCCAGAGCUAAAACAUGCACAUUCUCACCCUAAUGAUAAUAGCUCUAGUUUGGAAUAUAGAGAUGUUUGUGAAAAGCAUCUGAAAUGUAUCACCCUCUUAAGUAUAUUGCAAAAGAAUAUGUAAAUUAUUGCCUAUAUUUACGACA